UGCUCCGUCUAUCGCCCUGUUUCGCUUCUUUCCUUCUUGUCGGUUUCGACGUUCGAUCUUGAGUUGGAAAUAUCUGAUUCAGCUGGAUCCGAUUGUCCUCUGUGUUCUUCUUGUUGCCUAUUUAUUUGUUGUUUUUUUGUUAUGGGUGAGAUUGGAUGAUCUAAUGAUUGAUCGACCGUGUCGAUUAUUGUGAUAGUCUGUUUUUCGAGUUUCUUGAAUCUUGAUGUGUUUGGAUUGUUUUGAUUUUGCGUUGUUUACAUGGAAAGAGAUAUAACUGAGAUUUCGUUUCAUGGCUGGAUUAGAGCUGGGUUCUUUCUUUUAUGGUUGUUAUGGUUAUUUGAUGUUGAUAUAUAUGGGAGAUGGAAACUGAUGUAUGGUAGGAUCGACAUAUUGCCAUUGUUCAAUAUUUAAUGCGUAUAUGAUUCAGUAUAGUGAAGUUUAUGUUUCUAGAUUAUAAAUCUCUUAGGCCUGGCUAAUCUUUGGUUAUGUUUGAAUGUGUAUAAUAUGAUGUGUCCUGUCAAUAUCUGUGGUAACAGGUGCUUUGAACGAGGGCGGGAUUUGACAAAUUUAUUCCUUUGAUAGCUGCUAAAUUCAUUGGUCUAAUUUCAGUAGCUCAACUUGAUGCGUUGGAUAUAUUUUGGUUUGUGAUUCCACAUGAUUAUGUUUUGGUCUGCGAUUGCUUCAUUGUCAUAGAAUUUCCAAUGUUUGUCCCUUUUUUUCUGUAACUGUACUAAUCAAGCUCUAGAAAGUGGUAAUAAAACUCAAAUGGGCACACUUCUUGUCUAUAUCUAUAGUUGGUGAUAAGCAAAAAGUUAUUUCGUUCAGACAACAAAGUUCUUUAGGUUGUUUGUAUUAUGAAAGAUGUUUUAUCACAAUGAAUCUGAUGUAAACUGCUUUAUCAUUCAUGGAGGAUGGCUAAUGAUUUCCAUGAGCUAAUGCUGGAGAGAUGUAGUAAGUAGACAUCAAUUAUCAACAAGCGCUUGGAUUUUGUAACCUCAUCUGCUCUAGAAGAUUAAAGAUGAAGGUUAAUGGUGGAGUCGCAAAAGCAGUUAACUGGAGUCGUAGGUCUCUAAAAUAGUGGUAAACAUCAUGAGCCGUAUUUCUCAGGUAACUGAUUGGCAUGAUCUGUUUUGAGCUACCUCAAAUUCAAACUGUGGAAGGACUUCUCAUUCUAGACCUACCAUUCACCUAUCUCCUGUACUGCAUUGGCCUAUAGCCGAGCACCAUAGUGUUAAACUGGAGUUUUCUAUAUUAACUGACAGCAAAUUCUAUUCCAGGAAGUUUUGAUUAUGGUUGUGGCAUAUAUGCACUGGAUAUUAUUUUACCUAGUUUGAAAGUUUGUCGCUGAAUAUCUUCUAAGUUCAGUGUACAUGAUUUUGGAAGUUCAUUACAGACGGUGGAUAUUUUUCAUUGGAUAUAUGAUUUCAGACUUUCCAUUGUUUAAACAAAGCAGAUGGGGGAAGUCAAAAGCCAUAACUAAUACCAUUGCACAUUGCCAAAGUCGAGGGGGUGAACAUUGAAGCUUCUUUUAUGUCUGAGCAAGUCUCUCUCUUUUUGGUAUUAAUCGGAUUGCUUGGAGAAUAUUCUCCGACCGCUAGAAGGGAAAGGCUCUUUUGGGGGAUUUUUAGCUGCAUGCAUUACAGGUCACAUCAGCAUUCCGUACCACUUUUGGGUUGCUACUGCACGCAACCUCUUCUGAUCACGGGGGACUUUGCUGGUGUUUGUAAAGGAAAGGACAGCAUUGCCACUAUCAGUUCUUGCUACCUUUGACAGACCUUAUUUGUCUUACCAAAGAAUCAGCUUAGUGAAUAUGGCUUUGCAGAAUAUCGGUGCUUCAAACAGCGAUGAUGCCUUUUAUAGGUACAAGAUGCCUAAGAUGAUAACAAAAAUUGAAGGUCGUGGCAAUGGCAUCAAGACUAACAUUGUGAACAUGGUUGAUAUUGCUAAAGCACUGGCUAGGCCUGCUUCUUAUACAACAAAAUAUUUUGGAUGUGAGUUGGGGGCACAGUCUAAAUUUGAUGAUAAGACAGGGGUUUCUUUGGUUAAUGGGGCCCAUGAUACUGCUAAGCUUGCUGGUCUGCUUGAGAAUUUUAUUAAGAAGUAUGUGCAAUGCUAUGGUUGUGGCAACCCUGAGACAGAGAUUAUUAUCACCAAGACCCAGAUGUUAACCCUAAAAUGUGCAGCCUGUGGAUUUGUGUCUGAUGUUGAUAUGAGGGACAAGCUGACCACCUUUAUUCUGAAGAACCCACCUGAGCAGAAGAAGGGAGCAAAGGAGAAGAAGGGAAUGAGGAGGGCUGAAAAGGAGAGGAUGAAAGAAGGCGACACUGCUGAUGAGGAACAGAAGAAGCUGAAGAAGGAAGCAAAGAAGAAAGGAGUCACCUCUACCAAGGAAGUAACCUCUUCAAAGGCUACCGCUGCUAAGAAGAAAGCUGGAGGUGGCUCUGAUGAGGAUUGUUCAGCUUCCCCUCUUGGCAGUCGAAAUGUUGCUGCCAAUGCUGCUGCUGAUGAUGACGAUGUCCAGUGGCAGACAGAUACCUCAUUGGAGGCAGCUCAACAGCGUAUCCAGGAACAGCUGAGUUCUGUGACAGCUGAGAUGGUAAUGCUCUCAACCAGUGAGUCCAUCCCAGAGAAGAAAACAGAAAAAGUAAACAAGGGAGUUACCAAUGGCAGUGUGAAACACGAGGAGAAAAAUGGUGCAGGCCAAAAUGCUGUCCUAUCCAACAGUUAUGACACAUUGCUAGGGAAGAUCAGAAACAAUUUGAACAAGGGAUCUACCCCCAGCCAGCUGCAGACUUUUCUGGGUUCUCUGACUGCAUCUCGUCCGGAGGUUAUGGCUGCUCUCUUUGAAGCUCUCUUUGAGGGAGUGGGGAAAGGGUUUUCCAAGGAGGUUGGGAAGAAAAAGAAGUACAUUGCUGCUGCUGUCCAUGGUGAAGACUCCCAGGUGCUUCUGCUCCAUGCUAUCGAAGCCUAUUGUGGCAAGUGUAGCCCAGAAGCUGUGAAAGAAGUUGCCCUUGUUGUGAAAGUACUUUACGAUGAUGACAUCCUGGAAGAAGAGACCAUAAUUAAGUGGUAUGAAGAAGGUACUGCAGGAGGCAAGAACUCUCAGGUAUUCAAAAAUGUGAAGCCCUUUGUGGAGUGGCUUCAGAGUGCAGAGUCUGAAUCCGAUGAAGAGUGACAACAUGCAUUUUUCAUUUGCGUUUGCUGUGGCUGUCAUCAUAGCAAGUCAUAUAAGUCUGAAUGUUUCAGAGUCGUAUGUGAAGGGCUCAUCUACCAAGCCCUCGUCGGUUUGAGUUGGUCUGUGUGAUGGUCAUAUCGUCGCUGUGCAAUAAGCUUGAUUGGUGUCCAAGCAGCGGAAAACAACUUUGUUGUAAUAAGUUUGGUUCAGUCAUUUGGAUUCUUUUAUCGUUGAAUGUGCUCAUGCUGGUUUUUCA